AGACCUAGCCUAUUCAAAUGGAGCAGCUGUCGGAUGAAGAAAUUGACCAUGGUGCUGAAGAAGACAGUGACAAGGAAGAUCAGGACCUAGACAAAAUGUUUGGGGCCUGGCUGGGGGAGCUGGACAAACUCACUCAGAGUUUGGAUUCUGACAAGCCCACGGAACCAGUAAAAAGAUCUCCUCUUCGCCAGGAAACAAACAUGGCCAAUUUUUCUUAUCGCUUCUCCAUAUACAACUUGAAUGAAGCUCUGAAUCAGGGAGAAACUGUGGAUCUGGAUGCCCUAAUGGCUGAUCUUUGCUCAAUAGAGCAGGAGCUCAGCAGUAUCGGUGCUGGAAAUACUAAGCGUCAAAUCACAGAAACAAAGGCCACUCAGAAAUUACCCGCUAGCCGACAUACAUCAAAACAUGGCACCUUGAAAGGACUGUCUUCUUCGUCCAAUAGGAUAACUAAACCAUCUCAUGCCAACUACUCCCUGGAUGACAUCACCGCACAGUUAGAACAGGCCUCCUUGAGCAUGGAUGAGGCUGCCCAGCAGUCUGUACUAGAAGAUACUAAACCCUUAGUAACUAGUCAGCACAGGAGGACAGCGUCGGCGGGCACAGUGAGCGAUGCUGAAGUACGCUCCAUUAGUAACUCCUCUCGUUCAAGCAUCACUUCUGCAACCUCCAGCAUGGACUCUUUGGAUAUUGAUAAAGUAGCACGCCCUCAAGAACUGGAUUUGACACAUCAGGGGCAGCCAAUUACUGAGCAUGCUAUUUCUCUGAGAUGUCCCAGCAAGCAGGCCAAGCGUCAUAUUGACUUCACAGAAGAACAGGCUGAACUGACACCUCACUCCUAUCUGGACAGGGAAACCUCCCUUCUUCUGAGAAACAUUGCAGGGAAGCCUUCUCAUUUGCUGACCAAGGAAGAACAGGCAGCAAAAUUGAAAGCUGAGAAGAUCAGAGUUGCCCUAGAGAAAAUUAAAGAGGCACAAGUGAAAAAGCUGGUGAUUAGAGUCCACAUGUCUGAUGAUAGUUCUAAAACAAUGAUGGUGGAUGAGAGGCAGACAGUGAGACAAGUGCUGGAUAACCUGAUGGACAAAUCCCACUGUGGUUAUAGUUUAGACUGGUCUCUGGUGGAAACCAUCUCUGAGUUACAGAUGGAGAGAAUCUUUGAAGAUCAUGAAAACUUGGUUGAAAAUCUUCUUAAUUGGACAAGAGAUAGCCAAAACAAGCUUAUAUUUAUGGAGCGUAUAGAAAAAUACGCACUUUUCAAAAAUCCACAGAAUUACCUUCUGGGGAAAAAGGAAACAGCUGAGAUGGCAGAUAGAAACAAAGAAGUGCUGUUGGAGGAGUGUUUUUGUGGAAGUUCUGUAACCGUACCAGAAAUUGAGGGAGUCCUUUGGUUGAAAGAUGAUGGCAAGAAGUCCUGGAAAAAGCGUUAUUUCCUCUUGCGAGCAUCUGGUAUCUACUAUGUCCCUAAAGGAAAAGCAAAGGCCUCUCGGGACCUGGUGUGCUUUCUCCAACUGGACCACGUGAACGUCUACUACGGACAGGACUAUCGGAGCAAGUACAAAGCUCCUACAGACUACUGUCUGGUGCUCAAGCACCCGCAGAUCCAGAAGAAAUCUCAGUACAUCAAAUACCUUUGUUGUGAUGACAUGAGGACCCUGCACCAGUGGGUCAACGGUAUCCGCAUUGCAAAGUAUGGGAAGCAGCUCUACAUGAACUAUCAGGAAGCUUUGAAGAGGACAGAAUCGGCUUACGAUUGGACUUCUUUAUCCAGCUCCAGCAUUAAAUCAGGAUCCAGUUCUUCCAGCAUCCCAGAGUCUCAGUCCAAUCACUCCAGUCAGUCUGACAGUGGACUGUCUGACACCCAGCCGGCAGGACACGUCCGCUCCCAGAGCAUGGUGAGCUCCAUCUUCUCUGAGGCCUGGAAGCGAGGCACACAGCUGGAAGAGUCCAGCAAGUCUCAGGUGCCACAUGAGGAGGCCAGCACAGCUAAGGUCUCCACCCCUGCAGCAGCCAAGACAGGGUCAAGGUCAGGGGCUGUUCUUUGGAAGCACAUUAACCUGGGUGACUCCUGUAACCAGAUCUUGCACACUAAUGCUUUUAUUUGGAUGUGCAGUUAUUAAAGGAACAUGCGAAUGACCUGAUGGACACUAGAACUCAGCACUGUCAUGAGCCUUCUAGUCUACUAACCUAAGCAUUCCCAGUGCUCAUUAGAUGUCAUUCAGAAUUGGAAACAGAUGGUUUAUCUUGGAUCCUCACAGUUUGUUCAAAGAGCCCAAAAGAUAUACCUAGAGUUACUAAGCCAAAGUCCUUCCUCUGCUUUCAGAAGCACUUGAACCACAUUCAUGCAUGAGUAGCUCUAUAAAAUAAAUGACUGGGUGUGGUACUUUGGGCCAUGCCAAGAGGUGCUCAGAUGGGCUGGCAGUAGUUGUUGGCAAACUAGCUCCUGUGUCUUGAUACAUUUCCUUUAGCCUUCUAAAGUUUCCUCUCAUUUUCUUCUGGCUUUUUCUGUAUGGUAUUUUUAUGAUCUUUAGCUGUAAUGUUUAUGAAGCAUUUCUUUAUGUAUUUUCCAGUAAAACACAUGUAAAGAACACCCCCCUUUACCUGCAUUGCUGGACUUCUGUGCAUGUUGGAUGCAAGUGUCUCACGGACACGAGUGUGUGUGCCAAGCUCAUUCAUUGCUGUGUGACUGUGCACGCCUGCUGAACAUUCUCAUACUCAUACCGCUCACUAGCAUCAAAAAGCCAUCCUCAUUCUUCUGGAGGCCCUCCACCAGCUCUCCUAAACCCAGUUAUGGCAUCUGCUUGAUGUGGAUGCAGUCUUGGACCGAAAGGUGAACUCCAGUCAUCACAUCUCCCUCUGCCACAGUCCAGGGGGCGGUCCCAUGCUCCGAGGCCCUGGCGCUCACCGUGGGGCAGGGUGUGUGAAAACCAGAGGUCAGAAAGCAUCAUCCAGACAGACUUGCUGCAGGAAAUUAUCCCCAGGUAGUUAAGCAGUCUAGGCAUUAGAGAAGAUUGUUAGGUAAACAGAUUUUCUCCCUGCCCUUGUUACCCAGGGAGUUGGACUUUAGCCUUCCUGCCAUUGUCCAUCUUUACCAUCACCAGCAGCUGCAUCCUUUCAUGCAUGUCUCUGAUUCCUUGCUUUUUAGUUUAACAAUCAAAUCUUAACCUCUGUAACUGUUUUGUUUGUUGUGUUUUCUCUCUCCCAACCUCCCUUUUAUACUCCUUUUAGGCCAGAAUGGAGUCUGUGAAUCGACCCUACACCUCACUCAUGCCCCCUUUAUCCCCACAGCCCAAGCUAGUCACCCCCUACACGGCCUCACAGC